UCCAGAUAUGCCCUCGCUCCCCCAUGUAAUCACCUAUUGAUAUGGAGAUGGACUACUUCUUUCUGCCCCUCGGAUAUACCUAUCGAUAUGGAGAUGCACUAAGGCCAGGUGCACCUGCGUUCUGCCAGGCGCCUCUGUGAGCUCUGCUGUGCCAACCGGGGCACUUUCAUCAAGGUGGGCCAGCAUCUGGGGGCUCUGGACUACCUGCUGCCCGAGGAGUACACCAGCACGCUGAAGGUGCUGCACAGCCAGGCCCCGCAGAGCAGCAUGCAAGAGGUCCGCCAGGUCAUCCGCGAGGACCUGGGCAAAGAGAUCCAUGAUUUGUUUAUGAGCUUUGACGAUACCCCUCUGGGGGCCGCUUCCCUGGCUCAGGUCCACAAGGCGGUGCUGCAUGAUGGGCGGACGGUGGCUGUGAAGGUCCAGCACCCAAAGGUGCAGUCUCAGAGCUCAAAGGACAUUCUCCUAAUGGAGGUGCUUGUCUUGGCUGUGAAGCAGCUGUUUCCAGAGUUUGAGUUCAUGUGGCUGGUGGAUGAAGCCAAGAAGAACCUGCCUUUGGAGCUGGAUUUCCUCAAUGAAGGGAGGAACGCUGAAAAAGUGGCCCAAAUGCUCAAGCACUUCGAUUUCUUAAAGGUCCCCCAAAUCUACUGGGAGCUGUCCACCAAGCGGGUCCUUUUGAUGGAAUUUGUGGAUGGUGGGCAGGUCAAUGACAGAGACUACAUGGAGAAGAACAAGAUUGACGUCAACCAGAUCUCACGCCACCUGGGCAAGAUGUACAGCGAGAUGAUCUUUGUCAAUGGCUUUGUGCACUGCGAUCCCCACCCAGGCAAUGUGCUGGUGCGGAAACGUCCGGGCACAGAAAAGGCAGAGAUUGUCCUGUUGGAUCAUGGGCUCUACCAGGUGCUCACGGAAGAGUUCCGCCUGGAUUACUGCCGCCUCUGGCAGUCGCUGAUCUGGACUGACAUGAGGAGGGUGAGGAAGUAUAGCCAGCGCCUGGGAGCGGGCCAUCUCUACCCCUUGUUUGCUUGUAUGCUGACAGCCCGGUCGUGGGACUCGGUCAACAAGGGCAUCGGCCAAACGCCAGUCACUGCCACUGAGGACUCAGAGAUCCGCAACAAUGCAGCCAACUACCUCCCCCAGAUCAGCCAGCUUCUCAACGAUGUGCCGCGCCAGAUGCUUCUCAUCUUCAAGACCAACGACCUGCUGCGUGGCAUUGAGGCCGCCCUCAGCACGCGUGCCAGCUCCAGCUCCUUCCUCAGCAUGUCGCGUUGCUGCGUCAGAGCACUGGCUGCGCACAAGAGGAAGCGUACCUGUUCGUUCUUCAGAAGGACCCAGAUCUCCGUCAGCGAAGCCUUCCGCUUAUGGCAGAUCAACCUUCAUGAACUCGCACUGCGUGUGAAGGGGCUGAGGCUGGCUGGCUGGCUCUUGGCCCUGCUCUGCUGGCUGUUGCCUGCUCCACACUGAGGACUUGCUGCUCCUUCUCCUUUCUGGUGUGUGGCCUGUUGUGGGCAAGCAGACUUCUCAUUCCUCAUUCUUUGGUUGUGUCUCAGCCGGCUUGCCUGGUUUCUGCCACAUGGUGGCCUGGAGCCCCACAGUCACUGUCCCUGGCACCAUUAUACCCCACCUCCGAAUGCCUUGUCUCUGGGUCCCCAACCUGUACCAGGCAGUAGGUUUCUCUCUUUACCAGGGAGGUGGUACGACAGUCUGCUUCCCCACUCCAGGGGUGUGCCAUAGGGUUGAAUGUACCCCCACGCCCAAUAACCUUUCCUUUUGUCAGGGUGGACCAUGAAUCCCAUUGAAUUCCUACAUGCAUUCCUACAUUCAACGUGUAGGAAGUCUGACUUUGUCAGAGGAGAGCAUGGUUUCUGAGCUGGCUAGAGAACAGGUUCCCUCUCUUUGCCCUGCCACUCCGCAGAGGCAUUACACUUCAGUGAGGUGGCUUGGCCUCUGAGGUGUGCUCCGUUGCAGCUGUGUGCUCACUGCUCUCAUGGUGACCCCUUUGGUGUUUUAUGUACUGUGUCUCAGUAAACACCUCGGCACAGUUGCCGGCAAGGGCUUAAUCGGUGAGAUCACUACCUUGGCCGGUAAGUAAGAGUAGGCUUGGACCCUAUGCUCCAUCAUGGUCUGCUUGGCACCUUGAUCCUGUAAUCCUACCAGCUUUCCACUGUUGGCCACUUCCUGCAUUUUCUCAGGAUUCUGAGACUGUGGUCAGAGAAGCUAAGAAGCCCAAGGCCAGGAACGGGGAGGCUCAGCUGAAACAUGUGAUUUUGGUUCUCCUGGGUCCUCACCUUGCCUGUGACCUGGCAGCUGAUUUGUUCUAAUUGCUUCCUGAUGUAGCUCUUUGGUUCUUCAUUCACCCCUAGCCCUGGAGACUCUAGUCUAAACUUUGGUCACUGUGGUUGGGGUUCCCCUCUGAAACCCCCAUGUGCCCUGUCUGGACUCUGAACUUCCACCUUAUUGCCUGCUGCCAGCAUGGCAUCACCCCCAGCUCACCCACCUGCUCCCGUGUCUGGGACAUCCCCAAAUUCUGCUCUGUCUUCUGCAUCUGUGUGGUCUCCACAUCCCCCAAACCCCAGAUUUGGCACGUCCUACCAUCACUGAGCACCUGUGCUCACAGGCAGUAACUGUACUUAAGUCUCUUUAAUCUUACUUCACCCCAUUCACAGGGGCAGAAAAACUCUGAAUUUUAGUCUCAUUUUCUAUUCUCUUUAUUCACAAUACAAGCAGAUUUUCCACUGACCAGAGACGAUUUGCAAUCACUUCAUUUCCUGAAAGAAUUAAUUGUUUUUAGUGACCAGUUGGAUGCACCCAGGGACCUGAGAGAAUAAUUUGCAAGAUCUCAUAUUAAUCAUGAGGAUGCCUGCUGCAUAUUAUAUUUUAUGGUGUCUUUUACAGCCACUGAAGUAAAUAUAAAUGUCCUUUUUGUUCAAGGUAAUGGUUACUUGCUUUCCACUUUUGGUUUAAUGGUUGGUUUCAUUGUGUCCUGGGAUCUAAACCAUCAGCAUGUUGUCAGUGGGCCUGGCACUCUCAAAACAGUUAUCUAGGGAUAGUAGAAAGUUUGGGAGAGUUUGGGGUACAGGGCUGUUUGAAAGUCAGAGGGGAGUUGGCUGGUGAUUACUGAAUGCCUUCCACAUGUGUGAGACCAUGUCUGGCUCUUUGUAAAUAAGUUACAUCACUGAAUUGUACCAUCAGUCCUAUGAGGGGGAGGGCCCACUAGCCUCAUCUCACAGAGAUGUGAACUGAGGCUCAGAGAGGGUUAGUAAUUUGCCUGAAGUCAAGCACAGCUGCUAAGCGGUGGCCCAUGCUUCAGUUCGUAUUCCACAGUGCUGUAGCUGUGGGUCGCACUUGCUUCCUGAGCUGUCACAUGUGCCUGAAUUGGUCCUCAAAAACCCUGAUUACAGAGGAAGUUGGAUUUUCAGUGGAGGUAGGGGAGAGGAUAGGUAAAGGAGACAGAAAGUCCUGGAAAUGCAGAUGGAGUCCGGGUUGUUCGCUGAGGCUUAAGCUAGGAUGAACCUGGGGCACUACAAACUGCUAUGCAAUUCUGAUACCACCCAGCAUUCGUGUAGACUCCACAGGCUCCAGGGCACAGUCCCCAUCUGACUGUCCUCACUGCAGACCCAAGCUGGGGGUUCCCAGGAUAACUGUACUUCUGACCAACCGACUACAAAUGUGGGAGUUCCUACAGCCCCCAGAUUCAAUAAUUUGUUAGAAUGACCCACAGAACUCAGGAAAGCACUAUACUUGUGAUUAGUUUUGUUAUAAAAGCUAUGAAUCAGUCAAAUGAAGAGACAUAAGGUGAGGUCUAGGAAGGUCUGGAAUGUAGAGCCUCUAAGUCUCCUGUGGAAUUGGGACACACCCUCUCAUCGUAUCUAUGUUUGUUGAGCUUCAGCAUUCAGAGUUUUUAUCAGGGUUUCAUUUCAUAGACAUGGUUGAUUGAAUCAUUGACUACAUGAUUGAAUUCCAUCUGCAGCUCCUCUUCCCUCCCCUCCUCAGAGAAGGUAGGACUCAUUCUGAGUCAUCUAGUAUAAACUUGGGUGUGAUCUAAGGGGCACAGCGUGAGAAACAAAGGUACUUCUAUCACUGAGAAAUUCCAAGGAGUGAGAGAUUAUCUCCUGGAAACCAGGGAGAAAGGCCGGAUUCUCUAUUAUAUAGCAGUCACCCUGGUGCCUUCUCCUCCUGUGCUGCUGGCCUAUGUCUUUGUUGACUGUGUCUACUGCUUGACCAGGUGGGGCCAUUCCUGGAGCCCAGAGCCAUAGGAGGGGAUUUUCUCCCAGUUUCUGUUAUGCAGUUCAGAGAUAGCUUGGAUGAGUUUCUGUGUGGUACCUUUGCCCUGAUCCCUUCUCUGUCCUGUGAAAUUUGCCAUGAAUUGAUUUGGGUUUAGUGUAUCCCAGUAAAAUCCCAUGACUGUUUUUUCCCAACAAAGACAGUGUGUCAGGAAGUCACCAUCAACUCUGAAGAGUGUUUCCUUUUUUAACACUUGGAUACUUACUCAACUUAGGUGUUGGUUUCUUUGACUGGGGCAGCAUGGCUAUUCCCUGCCCCCCUCCUCUUUUUAGGUGGAGGGGAAAUUCCAGCUCUUUGGCACAUUCUGUCUAGAUCCUCUCAGAUAUGUGCUCAGCUCAUAGUAAGUUCAAAUGUCCUGGCUUUUAGUAAAUGUUUAAUAAACACACACUUAUUUAGAAUCUCAGAAUACUUUGUUUUCAGGGAUGUUGAAAUCUGUGUAUUAAAAAAACUACAUGCCCAACUCAGCCUCCAUGAGGCAUGUGGCCUUAUUUGACUGCCAGGUUAAUUUCCUCAGAGUCUGAGCCGACUCCCAGGUUCAGAGAUGCCAUUUUCAGCAUUAUAGACAGCCCAGGGCCCUCCUGUCACAGUGAGGCCUCCAAGAAUGUGAGCAUCUAAUGACAUUGCAGGGAACCAAAGUGCCUCCAAGGGGCACCCAAUCCAACACUUAGGGGCAGGACUUUGUAGGAAGUUCAGAAUUUCCCUCAGUAUAAGCAAAUAUGAGGAGGGUUAAAUAGAGCCAAGCAGAGAGACCCUUGGGUUUCAGUGAUCUCAAGAUACAGCCAUAAGGACGAGCUAGGGUCUGCAUUUGGGAGCUGGUGAUUGGGCAAGAUCCUAAUUGGACAAAUGGCUACAGAGAGUGGCGUGUUCUCUGCAGCCUGGCCUGUUGGAGCAAUGAGGUGUGUUGGGCUGCAUCAGAAGGAUCUUGAUAGUUAAGGAGAGGCUUUGAAUGCAAGGUGACUGGGGGUGACUGCUACUGAUCACUGGCCAAAGGGGACUGUGGGAUGCCCAGUUUCCUAAGCCUGAAGUCUGCAGACAUUUUGGUGAAAGCCCAUGUGUUCAAAAAGGCUGUUCUCACCUCAUUUCCUCUGUCCUUUCUUCCUGUGAAGUGAGGCCUGUUAUAAGCUGCACUGACUAGUUGGCACUCUCCCCUUUUGUAAAGGGGGUGGGGUCAGCCUUCAGCAGAGUAAGCAUUAAAUAAACCUUGGGCUAUAGCUGUGAUGCCCAUUUUCCUGCAGUGACUGCUCCUGGCCUUUUUUUUCUGGAGGCUGCCUCAGCCCCUGCUGUCAGCUCACCCUGCCCUGCCAGGUCACCGUGCCCCUGGCCAGCACUGCUGGGGGCAGAAAACACUCUGUCCGGUCUUGCCUUUGGCUUAAUAGUGGCCUGGUAGUUCCUCUGAUGUGCCUUCCUAUUUUCUCCUUCCCUAGGUGGGAGGCCAGGCUGCGAAGACUGGCAAAGUGUUGGGUAGUAAGCCCUUGACCUCUGCCAUUCCAGCUCCCAUUUCUCUAUCCUCUCUCCCUGCUCUUUCAUUCUAGAACAGUGUUUCUCAAACUUUCAUGUAAAAAUCAAUAACCUGGGCUCUUGUUCAAACACAGAUUCUGACUCGGUGGAUCUGGGUGGGUCUGUGGCCCACACUUUGAGUUGUAAGGAUACAGGCAAGAGGUCCUGAAGGUGUCCUGGACCAGCAGCAGCUGAACCUGGGAGAUGAUUCUUCUGAAUCGGAAACAAAAGCCCAGCAAUCUGUUUUAAUAAGCCCUCCAGGUUCUCAAACCUACCUGCACACAGGAAUCACAGGAAAGCUUUGAUUGUCCAAGAUUGUGGUUUAAUUUAAGGUUUGAAUGAGGGCUGGGCAUUUUGAAUUAUAUUUUGUUUUGCUUUUAACUUUUCAUUUUGAGAUAACUUUAGAAUUACAGUAGAGUUGCAAAGAUAGUUCACAGAGGGUCCCUACAUACCCUUCCCCUAGCUUUUCCUGAUAUUAACAUCAUAUAUAACCACAAUACCUUUAUAACACUAAGGAAUUAACAUUAGUACAGUACUAUUAGCUUCUUGAUUCAGAUUUCACUCAUUUCCCCACUGAUGUCCUCCCAGUGUUACCAUGUCAAAUUCAGUCGUCGUGUCUCCUUGGUCUCCUCUGCUCUGUGAGAGUUGUUUAGGUUUCCCUCGUUUUUCAUGACCUUGACACUCUAGAAGAGGACAGUUCAGGAAUUUGGUACAAUGUCUCUCAAUUUUGGUUUGUCUGAUGUUUUCUUGUGAUUAGAAUAGGGUUAUGGAUUUGGGGAAGAAUCGCACAGAGGUGAAGGGCCAGUCUCAUCACAUCAUAUAGGGGAAACAUGACAUUAUGAUUUCCUGUUUUUAUUCUUUAAAGCUCCCCAGCCAGGGUGGGGUACCCUGCUCGCACACCUACCCAGUGUCUUCUGGAGAAGGAGGAAGUGCAGCUUAUGAAUUCCUCCACAUGUGGGCAUAGGCACAGUCUCUUUGAAAUUAAGGCCUGGCUAUUUCCAAAUUAAAAGGCUUCCAGGAAAUUUUUAAAAUGCAGACAUGCCAACACAAGGUAGUAAAAAUGGCAGGGUAGUGUAGUUUGCAUGCUGACACUCACCACAAUUAACACUUUAAGCAUACACCCAAACAGAAUGACAAAUGGAUACACAAAUGGAUCCAGAAGUGUGGAUGUUGAGCCCUGUCCCCCACAACAUAGGCCUGGUGCUAGAGGUUUUGUUUUCCUUGUGCACUUGCUGUUCUAGAAAUGAAAGUCACCAGUGGGGGUGUUGGCCAGGAGCCCUCUGGUCAGUUACUCCUGAGUGGUGGGCCUUGCAUCCUUCGCACCAGUCUGAGCUGGCAGCUACCUUCCAGUGCCCAGAGGGGGCAAGUCAGAGUCUCAUUGACUUUCAAACCAUGACCCCUAGCCAUGAAUGGUGGAAGUGGUUGGUGGCCCUUUCUCUAGGUGGAGAAUAAUGGAGAGCGAAGGUUGGAGGGCUGGAGUGUCAGCAACACAGACUUCUUCCCAAGGCUAAUGCUGGUUGGAACAUGAAGUCUUUCAGACUCCCCAGGCUGGUGAGUUAGCAACAGAGGUCAGGGGCUCUGGCUAUUUCCUUCCCUUUUGGAGCUGCCAGGGCUGUGUAUGGUCAGUGGGGGUUGGUGGGGGCUCUCUGCCUGGCCUCUAGGUGUUUGCUCCUUUUUGUGCCAAAUGUGAGUACAUCAGAGUAUUGACAAACAGUUGUUGACGGUGGCUGUCACCCACUGAGGGAGGCCAUUUAAGGUAGUAAUUAAGGGCCUGUGCUGUAGAAUUGGCCUGAAUUCAAAUCCUGUUGCCCUCAGAGUUCUGUGUGAUCUUGGGCAAGGAACCCAAUCUCUCUGGGCCUCAAUUCCUCAAUUUGAAAAGUGGGGAUGAUAGUACCUACCUCAUAGGGUUAUUGGGAGGAUCAAAUUAGGUAAUAUAUGCAAUGAAGUUGCAGAAGUUCUUGGAGAGUGGGUACAUGGUAAAUGCUCAGUAAAUAUUGUUUAUUUUUAUUAGCUCCCAUGGCUAAUAAAACACUAUUCCCAACACCCUUAGCUCUUACCUGCCCUCUACUUGAGAGACUGGAAACGUGAGGUCUUGCUUUCCCAGGCUCCCUUGCAGCUAGAGUUGACACAAGACAUGAGAGGUGAAGGGGAAUCUUCUGGAGAGCUUCUAAGAAAUUUUUCUUUAGAAAUUGAUUAGUGUUUUCCUGUUCCUUCUUGAAUGUUGUAUGGUUUUGAAUGUCUGGAACAAAAGCAGUUAUCUUGUGACUUUGAGGCAAUAAGCACAAUAUGAUUUAUUUGGACACCUAGUAUCCCCUGCUGAAUGCUAAGCAGCUUCCUAUGGAGGCAUUUGUGGAUGUUGCAAUGAAUGACACAUAGGAAUUGAUGGAUGUGAAAUAAAGUUUAUUACUGAUAAUAACUAGCAAAAGGUUUCCCCAAGAAGGGCUUAGGUUUGGUCUAGAGUGAAAUGUGAAUGUGAUACGGAGGGGUGACUCUGGCUUUUAUUGUGGUGGUGGUGGGUUGGGACCAGGAUGAGGGCUCCCACGUGUGGGCCAGAGGGUAAAUGGUUUGAACUUCUCCCACAAGUGCCAAGGGAGCCAGCAUUUGGGCUUUCUUACCAGCUUGCCUACACUUGGGGCAAAAGAGAGAGGAGAGGGGCAGGGCUUGAAAGCUGUCAGUGGUCAACAUGAGAAAUGGACUCAGACUAUUUCACCCAUGAAAAUCCGACAGGCUUGGGACAGCCCACCAGAAGGAUGGAGGGAGCCCGCGUGUUGGGCAAGCCCCUUGUUGAGUGUCACCACAGGCUAUUCGCAAGAGUAGACAUGUGAUAAAUAUGUGAUGAAGACAUAAAUGUGAAGGGGGUGCUUUUAGAGCAUGGGGAGGCUUUCUUCUGAGCGUUCUUUAAUCAAAUAUUCCCUCCAUCCGUGGCUUGAAGGUGGUGGUCAAGGUCACAGUGAUCCUCAUCACUCAAUAGCUUAAAACAACACAAGUUUGGUAUUUUACAGUCUGGAGGUCAGAAGUCCAAAAAUCAAGGCAUUGGACAGGCUGUAUUCUUUUUGGAAGCUCUAGAGGAGGAGGCUUUUCCAGUUUCUAGAGGAUUCCUAACUUUCCUUGGCUCAGGACUGUACCCCUCCUACCUCUGCUUCUUUUGUCAUAGCUCCUCCUCUGACUCUGACCCUCUGCCUGCCUCCUGUAAGCACCUUGUGAGUACUUUGGCCCCACCUGGAUAAUCCGGGAAGAUCUCCCUAUUGUCAAAGCCUGAAUUUAGUCACUCCUGCAAAUUCAUUUGUCUGCCAUGUAAGGUUACAUUUGCAGGUUCCAGGGAAUAGGAAGUGGAGCUCUUUGGGGGAGAGAGGAGCACCGUUCGGUCUACCGCACCACUGAGUCCUGUGGUAGGCUUGAGAAUGCUGAGGUCAGCUUUGUUCUGAGAAGAAGUAGUCAUCAAUAUGUAAUAAAAUAACAACAGCAGCAAUAAUAGCUAUAUGUUUUGACUGUAUGCUAGUAUGCUCUGACCAUAUGCUCACCUCUUCGCAUGGAUUCAGUUUUACUUAAUUCACAUGACAACCCUAUGAGAUUUAUGGGCCACUAUUAUCCCUUUGUGUAGGUGAGUAAACUGAGGCCCAGAAGGCUUAGGUUGCUUGCUGGAGGCACACAGGCAGUGAACAGUGGAACCUGGCUUUGAAGUAAGGUUGUCUGCAGCCAGAGCUUGGACUCUCAACCUUGACUUCCCAAUUUCCUUGUGAGACUGGACUGUUUUCACUGAGCCUGCUAGAGGCUGGACCCUCCCUGCCUUCCUACAGCCUCCUCAGUCUAGAGCUGGUGGGUUCCUACAGUGGUAGGUUUCUGUGCCUCCUACAGGACUGCAGCUGGGCAGGGGCACCCCAUGAACAAGUGAUGUCUCUGCAGAGGAUGGGCCUGUAUGGUUGAGAACUCACCUGGCCAGUGGGACCUCAGACACCAAGCCCCUUGGGCUCAUCUAGAUACUGGGAUAUCCCCACCCCCUACCCCACCAAACCCAGGGAAAUCCUUGUAAGGGGAGUUAAUGUGGACAGAGAUUCCAUUUUGCCCCAUAGUCAGUAGGAAUAUAGAGGAGUUCUUCCAUUUUUUACUUCUUCCUCUCUGUUCCAAGUAUCAGGAAAAAGUGACAGGACUGUGAGGGGGUUCAGGAGAGAAACCAUAAACAUCCAGGAUAUUUUAGUGAGCUGAUUAAAAGUGAGUUCUGACUUGUAACAGUUUGUGUCCAUAAUAAUCUGAUGGCAGAGUAUGUCCAGAAUAGGCCCUGAUCUUCUUCGUACCUUCGUACUGGGUUCUCUGGGUAAGGGUCAGUGCCACCCCGACUGGGCCCGGCAGUUAGAGGUCAGGUCCAUUGUCCUAGUUCUGCUGUUACUGGACAGGUGCCUUUGAUCUCUGAGCCUCCAUUUCCCCCGCUGAGAGAUGGGGUGGCUGUCCAUAGGCUGCCCUUCUCAGAGGGCUGUGGUGAAUGUGAAUAGAUAGUGCCCAUGAAAGGGACAGUGGAAUGCUGACUAAAAGUCUAACAGAUACACAGCACUCAAGUGGACAGCUUAUCUACCCAGCACCCCUUGCAGUCUUAACAGAACUUUUUCCUGCAGGAACACCCAUUCCUGCAAGUGUGCUGAUCCAGGAUCUCCCACAGCCAUGGGCAUAGACAGAUGACUACCUUUCUGGCUACAGAGAUUGGUUCUGGUUUGGGCUCAGGAGUCCAGGGACCUUUCUGCAACUUUCAGAGCUAUGGAGAAUAACUACCUUUGUACUAUUGCUAAGCUCCAGUGUCAAUCUCACCUGCCUCAUCCUUUAAACUGUUAGAUCCAGCCAUUCCUGCAAGCCACGUUCAUCCUUGAUUUUUUUAUUACAUGAGCUCAUAAAUCUGCCUCCCUCUCUUUUGUGUAAGUUGGUUUAAGUUGGGUAUCUGAUUUUUAAGCCAAAGGAUACUCUAAAGAGUAUCCUUAUUCUUACAGUUAUUAUCUUGAAGGGCCCUGGACCCAUGUUUGGAGGACAUGGAAAACCUGGAGGAAGUCUAGAGGAGAAUAAUAGAGACCUACAGGGAUAGAAAAUAAAGAGAUGAUUAUAGAUUGGACACUCUCCAGAGAGCUGAACAAGAGCAAAUGGUUAAAUGACAGUAAGUUCUUGCUACUGCUGUUGAGACAAUGAGAGUAAGGGUUACUUUAUAUGUCAUUUUCUGGUCAAAAUCAACCAAAAGGCCUAUGCCAUCCUGGCAGGAUGCCAUUUUAUGGAUAAGUUUUUUAUAGUAGUCUUGCCUGUUUUCUAAUGACCCAUGGGGUUUUUAGAAACUGGCUAUGUGGCUGACAUAGGCUUAAUUCUUAUUGAUUCUGCUUGUUGCUCUCCACGGGUUACCCCCAGAGAGCUGGUGGAACUCUUUCUUUAAUUACAGUGUUAGUUUGAUAGAGACAACCCUGGGAGCACUUAAGAUAAAGGCAGGUGUUCCCUAGUGGUCUGAGGACUGAGCUUUCAGUUCACAGAACCCAUGCUGGACCAGGGACCAGUUUGGGAACUGGACUGUGUGUGCAGAAGCUUCUCUUCUCUGUGUCUCCCUAUUUUCACAUGUCUGGUUGAGUGAGUUGAGAGCUCAUGUAAGGGUUUCUUUCCUUGUCUGGGUUGUGGAAUUCCUAAGCAGGCUGAUCUUGAUGUUUUACAGACACCAGGCUCACCCCUCUCCCUGGCCUUGUUCUUGUUCACUCUGCCUCUCUCUGCUUUUCCUUAUAGCCAAGCCGUCUGCUUUCUACAUUUGUGACAGCUCUCAAGCCCUGCCUUCUGUAGGGCGCCUCUUAAGACCAGUCUGAUAUUGUUGAUCAGCCGCUUCUUUCUCCCAGUUGUCCAGACACUUCUCUCCACUCCCAUCGUCCACAUGCUAUUAUCUACCUGCCCUAUGCAUUCCCUGGAGGGCAAGGAACACAGAUUUGUCUCUUGCAAUCUCUGUGACAGCAGGACAGUGGAGGCCAUAGUAGGCCUUUUAUUUGGAGGUUGUGUGGUGACUCACACAUGCCUUGAUUCAUGCGUGUAGCACGCAUUCCUUCAAUGCCCAUUUGUUGGGGAGAGGAGUGGAGAAACAACAUGGACUGGACUUGAUGCCUGCCUGGACAGGCCUGUGGCCUCUCUGACAAGAGGAGCUGGCUUUGGGUAAGGAGGGAGGCUAUUCAUGUGGAGGCCGUGAUGAGCUGGGCAUCUGUGCUCCGGGAGGAGAAGGAGGGAUUUAAACGACUCUUUGGGACAAGUGAUGCCAGUUGACAGCUCCAUCUGGAAUGGAAGCAAAAUUUAAUCAGACCAGCUCUGUGUUUCUCUUUUGGGCCAGUAUUUCCCCAAAUUUCAUUUUGACCAAGGGGCAUGCAUUCACUGUCUUGGCGCGUGGCGCCAUCAGCAGUCACCUGGGUCUAAAAGGCAGGAGUCAGCCUUUAUCCCUCCUUGACCCUCAUGGAAUCCCCCCGAAGACUCUGCUUCCUUGUGUGUCUUCUAUUCAGCAGUCCCCCCACUUCCCUACCACCACCAUCCUGGUUCAGAUCUGGCCCCUUCCCCAGUCCUCCUUGCCUCCCGUCUUGUCCUACCAAACUGGCUGUUGUUCAUUUCACCUAAAGCCAGCUUGCGCAGUCAUGUUGCCAAAAACCCUUUUGCCUAAGGAUCGAUUCUCCCAAAGACCAGUUCACCUCAAAUUAAGUAUUCUCCAAUAUUUUCAGAACUAUUUGACUUACUGAUUAUUUUUUGCUUUUUUUUUUCAUUUUAAAACCAAUUCAUGCAAGAGCAUUUGACUUAAUUUUGUAUUUCUAAUGAGUAUUUAUUAAGCAGGCAGCUUUUUUGAAUGACUAGUUUGUAUUCUUAUAGAUGUCUUUUUCUAGUUUACAUACUUUCAUUAACUUAAAGGUAACCAAUAUUCAGCCAUUUGUCUAAAGACACUUUCCUCAAAACAUAGCUGUCCUAGCAAGAAACAUUCAAGACACUAAUUACAAUCAAUUGUUAUGCACUGUGUCAUCUUGAUCUCUUAACUAAGGGCACAUCAAUUUCAGAUGGAAAAUGGUGGGUAUUAAUGUUGAGUUUUGUAUGAUGCAUAUUAUUUUAUGAAUUAGGGACCUUGAAAAAGGAUGAUUCUUAUAUGCAGUAUGACAGGCCUGCCAAUGACUGGUAAAUAACAUGCUCAAUUUGUGUGUACUGAGUUGAGUGAGUGAAAUUCUGAGGCAAGAUCCUAAUACUACCACUUGUAGCAAUUUAUCUCAGGAGUGAACUGUGUCAACCAUCAGGCAGGGGGCAUCUGCCUCAAAUUUUAAACAAAAGAAUCUAGUGGAAUGAAAUAGACCAUCAUCGAUAAAGGUAACAAACUUUUGACCUAGGAAAAUAGGUAGGAUUUGCCUGGGGUUCUAAAACAGGUAUGGCAAAUACCUGGCAUGGUGCUGCCAACCCUUACCAUGAUCUAUGAAUGCCAAUUCUACACACUGAUCUCUGUGUCCUUUUGGGUCAAGCUGGGAUAUGACUCUAGAAUCCUUCUUACCAUAGCAUAGCAGUCAACUGCUACUGAAUGAGUAGUGUUGGCAUGUAAUGGCCAGUUGCUGUUUUUAUUCUCAGAGUAAGAUCCUUUCUUUACCUGGGAUAGUUUUGGGGCUCUCAUUGAUGCACAUGGACAAACAAGUUCACUACUCCACAGUGAGAGAACAUGCCUAGCUUUCUGGUGAUGGGGAGGAGACAUCUUGGGCUCAUUUCAACAGAUUGAUUUAAAGGCAUUGGGAUGUCAUUCCCUAGCUUAGAGGCCUUUUAGACACUGGCCAAUUUUUCUUUUGCAGGGAGUUUUAUCUUCUGGGAUGUGGUGAGCCAUCCUUAGUCCAUACAUUAGAACCCAAAGGAUUUCUGAGCAACAGCCAAAUCUCCUCUGACAGUGUUCAGCUUGGAAAGCUACAGCAUGGAACUAGAGGGCUCCUGGGCUGGGAGUCCAGAGACCUGGGGGUGCUGACUGGCCAGUCACGUAGGGCAAAUAUCCUCCUCCCUCACCCUCUUGUUUCUCAACUGCAAAUUAAGGAGACUGGGUUACAUCAGUGUUUCUGGAGGGGGUGGUGCCGGUCCCCCCACCAGGCACUUUUUGGAGAUGUGUGGAGACAUUUUUAGUGAUCACAAUGACUGGGGGUAUUUUCUGGCAUCAAGCAGUGGAGUCAAGGACACUAGAUGUAUUCCUAUGCAGAGCACAGCUUCACUAGACAAGGAAUUUUCCUGUUACCUGUGUGAUUUCCAGAUGCCUCACAGGAUAUUCACGUGGUGAAAGUACUGAUGAAUAAACCCUUAUGAUCCUUCUAAUGAACUGAAUCUACAAACCAACUCUGUUUUACAUGUAAAGGCAAAGCUUUUUUGCAUGGUUUUAAUACCCAUUGAAUUCUACAGGAAUGCAAUUACCAGGAGAAUUGAUGGAGGAUUUGUUUUCCUUAGGAUUAUUGUUCACCAGUUUAGAAAAGCACAUAACCAAUGGCAAUGUGGAAUCUGUGUUGAAUGGCCAGUGUGACCCACCUAUAUCAUAUUAAUCUGACUUAAAAAAUUAUAUAUAUAUGUAACUAUACAAUGAAGUGGAUUUAUAUGAUGAUGUGAAAUCCACAGAAACUAUAAUAUACCUACAUAACUAUAUAUAUAUAUUGUUGGGUCUGAUUGGUAUGAAAACCACUGGUCUAAAGAUACCCUAAGGUUCCUUUUGCUUGAACACCUCUGAGCCUGUUAGAGUAGAAAAGAGAUUCAUGUGGCAUGAAAAGUGGAAAACACGCAGCAGAUCAAGGCAAAUGAAUGUCCCCCGAUUGACAGAGUCCACUGCUUGAGAGUGCCCACCACUGCAUAGACCUGGGACUGUAGUGAAGUCCUUGAUUUUGGACUCUGUGUUCAAAUGGGGUUCAGGAUCGGAACCUGCUAGUUAACACAGCCAGGUGAAUCUUUAUUGUUGGCAGGGGGUCCAGCGCAAUGCGCACCUGCUGUACGUGGAAUCUUUUCUCAUAGCUCCUUAACUUCUAUCGGCAAACCUUCCUCUAACCCCGUUUUCAGGAUGUAAUUUUAGUAAAAUUCAACUUGAACGGCACCAAAUUACAUAAUUAAUUACAUUCAGCUUCAAUUACAAUCACUAAUUGAUCAAAGCCUGCUAGCACAACACGUUCAUUAUUUGGCACACAAUUAUUGAGUGCCUACUUUAUGCUGAGAAUAAAGUAGAAAACAAUU